AUGCAGAGAGAGUGGACGAGGGCUUUCCACUGUGUCAAUGCAGGUUUGCCUCUGAGGCUGGUGAAUGGAAGUGACCGGUGUCAGGGUCGUGUGGAGGUCCUGUACCAAGGCUACUGGGGCACCGUGUGUGACGACGACUGGGACAUCCAGGAUGCAGAUGUUGUCUGUCGGCAGCUCGGCUGUGGCCUUGCAGUGUCGGCGCCGGGCGGGGCCCACUUUGGUCAGGGCUCGGGGAACAUCCUCUUGGGCUUUGUAUACUGCUCAGGGUGGGAGCCCUACCUGUCAAGCUGCUUCCACAGUGGGUGGUACAACCACGAAUGUGGCCACAGGGAAGACGCCGGAGCCGUGUGCUCAGCUUCUUUGUCUCCCACUGAGGCAUCCCUGGCAACAACUGAGGCAGAAGACACCACCUGGACCACCGACUAUGCAACUUCAACAAUAGGUACAGACACCACCUGGAUCCCCAGCUAUACAACUUCAACAGGAAGAACAGACACCACCUGGAUCCCCAGCUAUGCAACUUCACCAGCAGGAACAGGGACUCCGUCAGGUUUGGCCCUGAGGCUGGUGAACGGCGGUGACCGGUGUCAGGGCCGCGUGGAGGUCCUGUACCGAGGCUCCUGGGGCACCGUGUGUGACGACGAGUGGGACACCAACGAUGCCAACGUGGUCUGCAGGCAACUGGGCUGUGGCUGGGCCACGUCGGCCCCAGGAAAUGCGCGGUUUGGUCAGGGCUCAGGGCCGAUUGUGCUGGACAACGUGCGCUGCUCCGGGCAUGAGUCCUACCUGUGGAGCUGCCCUCACAAUGGCUGGAACUCCCACAACUGUGUCCACUCAGAGGACGCAGGUGUCAUCUGCUCAGCUGCUCAGUCCUCAUCUACAGUCUAUCCAGGCACCUGGCCCACCUCAUCCACACCUGUACGGCCGACAACAGGGAAUGAAACAGGUUUGGCCCUGAGGCUGGUGAGUGGCGGUGACCGGUGUCAGGGCCGCGUGGAGGUCCUGUAUCAAGGCUCCUGGGGCACCGUGUGUGAUGACAGCUGGGACACCAAUGACGCCAACGUGGUGUGCAGGCAACUGGACUGUGGCUGGGCCAUUUUGGCCCCAGGAAACGCCCAGUUUGGUCAGGCUGUACCAAGGCCUACUACUACCCCAGGCUGGUGGUACCCAUCUACUACGACCAGUGAUGGGACUCCGUCAGGUUUGGCCCUGAGGCUGGUGAACGGCGGUGACCGGUGUCAGGGCCGCGUGGAGGUCCUGUACCGAGGCUCCUGGGGCACCGUGUGUGACGACGAGUGGGACACCAACGAUGCCAACGUGGUCUGCAGGCAACUGGGCUGUGGCUGGGCCACGUCGGCCCCAGGAAAUGCGCGGUUUGGUCAGGGCUCAGGGCCGAUUGUGCUGGACAACGUGCGCUGCUCCGGGCAUGAGUCCUACCUGUGGAGCUGCCCUCACAAUGGCUGGAACUCCCACAACUGUGUCCACUCAGAGGACGCAGGUGUCAUCUGCUCAGCUGCUCAGCCUCAGACCACGUUCCAGCCAGACACCACCUGGAUCCCCAGCUAUGCAACUUCACCAGCAGGAACAGGCACCUGGCCCACCUCAUCCACACCUGUACGGCCGACAACAGGGAAUGAAACAGGUUUGGCCCUGAGGCUGGUGAGUGGCGGUGACCGGUGUCAGGGCCGCGUGGAGGUCCUGUAUCAAGGCUCCUGGGGCACCGUGUGUGAUGACAGCUGGGACACCAAUGACGCCAACGUGGUGUGCAGGCAACUGGACUGUGGCUGGGCCAUUUUGGCCCCAGGAAACGCCCAGUUUGGUCAGGCUGUACCAAGGCCUACUACUACCCCAGGCUGGUGGUACCCAUCUACUACGACCAGUGAUGGAAGCCCUCCAGCAACGCACACUCCUGUUCACACUGCCACCCGCCCAAACACAGAUAAUUCCUGCGGAGGCUUCCUGUCCCAGCCAUCCGGGUACUUUUCCAGCCCGUUCUAUCCUGGGAACUAUCCAAACAACGCCAGGUGUCUGUGGGAUAUUGAAGUCCCAAACAACUACCGUGUGACUGUUGUCUUCAGAGACGUCCAGCUUGAAGGUGGCUGCAACUACGACUAUAUUCAGGUGUUUGAUGGCCCCUCCCACAGUUCCCCUCUGAUUGCCCGUGUUUGUGAUGGAGCCAAGGGCUCCCACACUUCCUCAUCGAACUUCAUGUCCAUUCGCUUUGUCAGCGAUGGCAGCAUCACGAGGAGGGGCUUCCAGGCCGAGUACUACUCCAGCCCUUCCAAUGAUAACACCAAGCUGCUCUGUCUGACAAACCACAUGCAAGCCAGCGUAAGCAGGAGCUACCUCCAAUCCCUGGGCUAUUCUUCCACGGACCUUGUCAUUUCCACCUGGAACGAAAGCUCCCGGUGUCAGCCCCAAAUAACAGCCAGCCAGGUGACGUUCACAAUUCCAUACUCGGGCUGCGGCACCAUUGAGCAGGCAGAUAAUGAUACCAUCACCUAUUCCAACUUCCUCAAAGUAACUGUUCCAAGUGCCAUCAUCAAGAGGAAGAAGGAUCUCCGCAUUCACGUCAGCUGCAAAAUGCUCCAGAACACCUGGCUUGACACCAUGUACAUUGCUAACGACACCAUCGAUGUCAACGAAGUGCAGUACGGCAAAUUUGUCGUGAACAUUUCCUUUUAUACAUCUUCUUCAUUUUUGUAUCCAGUGACCAGCAGCCCGUACUACGUGGACCUGAACCAGAACUUGUACCUUCAGGCUGAGAUCGUCCAUGCCGACACCAACCUGUCCUUGUUUGUGGAUACCUGUGUGGCGUCCCCCUAUUCCAAUGACUUUACAUCUUUAACUUACGAUCUAAUCCGGAGUGGGUGCCCGAGGGACAGCACCUACCAGUCUUUCUCGCGGCCGUCGCCUCGCGUCGCUCGCUUCAAGUUCAGUUCCUUCUACUUCCUGAGGCGUUUCCCCUCCGUGUACCUGCAGUGUCAGAUGGUGGUGUGCAGGGCCGACGACGCCUUCUCCCGCUGCCGCCGAGGCUGCGUCGUGAGGUCCAAGAGGGACGUGGGCUCCUACCAGGAGAAGGUGGACGUCGUCCUGGGACCCAUUCGGCUGCAGGCCCCGCGCCCCGAGAAGAGGAGCCUGGCUAAGCGGCGGGCCUCCCGCCCCUAGGCCUGUGACCCGAGGGGACCCGGGAUGUUUCUGUUGGUGUCACGUUCCACCCACCACGUGCCAGGCCUGCUGUGCUCCGCGGGCCGACGUGGCGUUAGAGAGCUCGCCUCUCGCCUUCUUCCCCGGGCUCCCGGUCUGCGCGGGACCCCCUGUGGGGCUUGGUCCAGGGAGUUCUGGUCUGUAACCCAGACACACGUGACGCCUGUGUCCUCUGGGUUCUGAACGCCCCAAACCUCAGUGCUUGUCUGUGAAACACGAAUGUUAAUAUCUGCCGGUUAGGACUGCUGAGGGGGCGCAAUAAAGUAACGUUAGUGCA